UGGGCUACGGAGGCGGAAGUGCCAGGAACGUAGGGAGUUGAAUCGUUUGACGGCUUCCCCGGCGUGGGGAUAGGAUUGUGUGCUGCAUGAAAAAGGGAUCCUGGGAGUAAGGUGGCUUCAGGCUGCUUGGAUCUCAGAGAUGGCCAGCACAGCUACUGAGAAUUCAGAGCCUGCAUCACCAGAUUGCAAAGUAGAUGUGAAAAUCCCCAAGGCGGAUGGCGAUUAUCCACUUAAGGUCCUGUACUGCGGAGUGUGUUCAUUGCCAGUAGAGUACUGUGAAUACAUGCCUGAUGUCACAAAAUGCAGACAGUGGUUAGAAAAGAAUUUUCCGAAUGAAUUUUCUAAGCUUACGCUAGGAAAUUCUCCUAAACAAGAGUCUGGCACUGCGGAGGGAUCUGGGCCUGCUGGUGAAGAAGAGGAGAAGAAGAAACAAAAAAGAGGUGGCCGUGGCCAGAUUAAACAGAAGAAGAAGACAGUACCACAAAAGGUCACUAUAGCCAAAAUACCCAGAGCAAAGAAGAAAUAUGUGACAAGGGUAUGCGGUCUAGCAACAUUUGAAAUUGACCUCAAGGAAGCACAAAGAUUUUUUGCUCAGAAAUUUUCCUGUGGUGCCUCAGUAACGGGAGAGGACGAAAUCAUUAUUCAGGGAGAUUUUACAGAUGAUAUUAUUGAUGUAAUCCAGGAAAAGUGGCCAGAGGUUGAUGACGACAGCAUUGAUGACCUUGGGGAAGUGAAGAAGUGAUCGAACACCGUGCCUGUAUGGAAAGACCUAAAGUUCUAGUCCAUGUAGCCAAAGCAAGAGAGGAUCCCGAGAGCAUUUCUGUGUCAAAUCUCUAUCAAGCUGUACAACCGUAUCAAUUGCAUUUUCAACACUUUAGAAAAAGCUACUUUUCUUUUUAUUUUUAACUGUUAAAGUUAAACAAGGUUCUUCAUGCAAAUGCAUGAUAUGUGUUUAGAGGAAUAAAAAAAUGAUUUUGGUCAUUA